UCCUCGCGUCGUCUUGGGCUCAAAUGAGCUGUUUGCUGUUGUAGGGAAACAUUAGUCCUCUACCGACCGACCGGCCGCAUCUCAACUUUUUUUUCUGCAUGAGGUGGGGGUUUAUGUACUUUGGAGGCGCCCCAGACUGAGGAGAUUUAACGACAAGAAGUCCAGUGAUUCUUUUCCUCAUUGAUACUUUUUCCCCCUUCCUUGGGUUAUUAUAUUAUUUAAAAGUGUCUGACACAUCGCGGGGUGGGGGGAAGCAGACAUGCCUCAGCUCAGCAGCGGCGGCGGGGACGACCUGGGAGCGAAUGAUGAGAUGAUAGCGUUCAAAGACGAAGGCGAGCAGGAGGAGAAGAUCCAAGAAAACGCGUUCACGGAGCGGGACCUGGCCGACCUCAAGUCCUCCCUGGUGAACGAGUCGGAAAUAAAUCAAAGUCCGAGCGCAGCGGCGGUCAGACGGGCGCAGCAGGGCGAGCAGAGGAGCUUCGCCGAGAAACACCGGGAGCAUCUGGACGGCGUGUCGAAGCACCAAGAUGGAGGCAUGUACAAGACGCCGGCGUAUCCGGGAUAUCCGUUCCUGAUGCUGCCUGACCCCUACCUCCCCAACAGCUCGGUGUCUCCAUCCUCCAACAAAGUGUCGGUGGUGCAGCAGUCCCACGGGAUGCACCCGCUGACGUCUCUCCUGCCCUACAGCAACGAGCACUUCAGCCCGAGUCCCCCGCACCUGCCCACAGACAUGAGCCAGAAGACAGGCGUUCACAGGCACCAGUCCCAGGACCUCUCGGGGUACUACUCCCUCCCUCCAGGCGGCGUCGGCCAGAUCACUCCCUCUAUGGGCUGGCAGAGCCAGCCAGUCUAUCCUGCCCUGUCCCCCUGUGGAUUCAGGCAGCCCUACUCCUCCAACCUCUCCAGCGCCUCCUCCUACUCCAGGUUCCCUCACUCUCUGAUGCUGGGCCCAUCGGGCAUGCAUCCUACAGGGAUCCCCCAUCCAGCCAUAGUGCCCCCUUCAGGCAAACAGGAUCACGAACAGUAUGACAGGGGCAUGUAUGUGAAACCACAAGAGGUCAAGCGGGAGAAGGAGCCCAAGAAGCCGGUCAUCAAGAAACCCCUGAACGCCUUCAUGCUCUACAUGAAGGAGAUGAGGGCGAAGGUCAUCGCCGAGUGCACAUUAAAGGAGAGCGCCGCCAUCAACCAGAUUCUGGGACGAAGGUGGCAUGCACUGACCCGGGAGGAGCAGGCCAAGUACUACGAGUUGGCCAGGAAAGAGAGACAACUCCACAUGCAGCUCUACCCGACCUGGUCUGCCAGGGACAACUACGAGGCGGGCCUUAGCGGGGUCGCAGGGGAAAAGAGUAAAGCUGAUUGGGGCAAGAAGAAGAGGAGAAAAAGGGAGAAGCUGCAGGACUCCAAUACAGACCCGGGCUCACCUAAGAAAUGCCGGGCUCGCUUCGGCCUGAACCAACAAACGGACUGGUGCGGUCCUUGCAGGAGGAAAAAGAAGUGCAUUCGCUACCUUCAAGGAGGAGGCUGCCCCAGCCCAACUUCUUCAGAUUUAAGUGCUAUAGACUCUCCCCCGUCCCCGUCCCCCGCCCGCCACCGCCUGUACCAGCACCAGCGCCCCCCGUCCCCGGGCGGCUCCCCGCCGCCCACCUCCCCAUCGACAUGCCUCCCCUUGUCUCCGCCAACACACACACGCUUACACGCACGCAUACCCCCGCAGCCGUCCGCGGGCAAGCGCGGCGACCUCCGUCCGCCCGGAACCAAACACGGCCACACGCACCUGGAACUGUCCGGCAAGCAGACGCACAGCUCGGCGGCGGCUCUGUCGGCCGCCAAGGCCGCAGGACUUUCUCUCAAAGUGUUAACAGAGACUCAGUGAUCGCUCCGGUCCGCUCGCGCCCCGGACACCGCUCACCUCAGCUCCCUCCAGAGCCGUGAAGGUCCUCUUCCUCACCUGCCUUCAUCCUCAUCCUCCUGGUAACAGCAGGCAUCCGCACCGCGGAUGUGGCCCAGAGCGGCGGCGUCUCAGGUCAGAGGCUGGAUCCUCUUGAGUCCAAUACGUCAUUAACACGUCAUUGAGGCUUAGUUCUUCUCAAAGCCUCCUCCAGAAAUUGUCUGCUCUUUAAUAAAGCACUCAGGCAAUCUUCAUUAACCUGAAAGACUGGAAAUAUCACAUGACCACAGCACAUUUGGCAGAUAUGUGGUUCAAUGAGCCUGGACAUAAGUUUAGAGUUGUCAUAGUGUAAGUUUAGUCAUCAUAAACUUGUCCCAGUUCAGUAUUUUGUAAUGGUAUGAAAACAACUUCCUGUUCAUGAAUUAGUUGUUUUAGAAGUUAACGAGGAGGACCUGAACGCAGCAGAGUCUGCAAGAACGAACUCAUUAAAGAGAAGCCUUCGGUCCACUGAAGGAUCCGCUGUUUGAGCCGCAUCCAUGAGAGGAUCCAGCCCCUGAACUGGAGACUGAUUCCCCGCUCGUCACAAAGACUUCCAGCUGUGCAGAAUUAGGCAGAAUUGAUCUGGAGCCGGUUCAGUUACUCACUAAAGCGAUUAGUGAGGACGGCCCUCCACCUGUUUGACAAUCACACACCUGUACUGCAAACGAGCUCUUUGUUAAACGUUCCACACGAACACAGACCUGAAAGGCAGAGAUGAGUUCUGGCAUCAAGGUGAGCCGGUCUGCUGCAGAAGACUCUGUUCCAGAGAUCACAGUGCUGUUACAUUACACACUUUCUUAUCACUCAGACCAAACCAGAGGGGGGCACAGAUCAACAAGCAUCCAGCCUGACCAGCACAACCUCAGGUCAUCAGAGAGGGACAGAUUGGCUUUUUUUUUUUUAGCUGCCAUUUUGUUAACAGUUCCACUUCAGUUUCAUUCCAUUUCCAAGCAUUUUUUAGAACUAACAGACAAAAAGAGAAAAAAAAACAUUUUCAGCAGGUAAAAAAGUAUUAGAAUUAAACCUUAUUUCUUUUGGGCACUUUCAGGAUGUCAGUCUCGCUAUAUCAUCACAUUUCUGUUCUGUCAUCUUUUUUUUGGUAUUUUUGUAUGAUUCUCAUGUCAUUUUAAGGUCAGAUGUGUUGCUGGUGGGGAAACCCUCAGAAAGACAAGGUUUUUGGUUUUUUUAAUGUCUCUUGGCUGUUUUCCUUUGAACAUUUUGCAGCUCCGUAAACUAAUCUGAGACCAAAUGGGUACUAUUAUAUUGCAUUGUGUUGUAAAGUUUUAUAAAUGUUGGAAUUCCCUAUUAUAACUAAACUUUUAUAUGUUUUUAUGUAAAAAAAAAAAAAAAGUGAAAUAACAAAAAAAAAAGAUUUUUAGUUUCUACCAUUUCUUAAAACAUUUUGUGUUUGUCCUCUUGUGCAGAUCUCUUUCUUGGUCGAGUGUUACUGCAGCAGCGGUCAAAUGAUAUCUUGUGUUCUCAAUCUGUGCAUGUUCUGACUUAAAUGUAACAAAAAUAGGUUUUGACUGAAAACGCUUUAAUUUACUGUUCUGCUUGCAGCUUCCAACUCAAACUGUAGGCUGAGCUUUUGUACAGCAACACUGUUUUCCUCCAGCAGAGCGCGCUCUUGUGCUAGAAAUAGCUUGUUUCAUUUUGGAGGGUGUUCACUUCAGCAGCAGCGGCACCGUGGAGAUGUCUUUUGUAUUUUUUACGACUCAAACGCCUCUGAUGUAUUACUAUUUUUGUUUGAUGUAUUAAAGUGUUUUGAAUAUCUUG